AGUACGAAUAAAUGUUGUCAUGACAAAGUAAACAAAGAUGGCCGCCAUUGAGAGCUAGUUUUUCUGACGACAGCAUAAAUUUACACAAUAAAAAUGCCUAAAAAGGGCAAGAAGGGGAAGGGUAAAAAGGGAAAGAAGGGAAAGGGAAAGAAGGGAGCAAAGUCUGGGAAGAAGCAAGAAUCAGUUGCAAAAAUCGCAGCUGCUAAUUCAAAAGUAUGGGAAGCCAGACUAGACAUUGCAGAAAAAUCAAAACAAGAAUUCAGAGACAAUGCUAAGCAACUUAUGCUUGAGAAUGAUGCUCUCCAGAAUCAGAUGUUACAAACGGAACGUGAUACAAUUGAUGUUAUCACAUUCCUCAAGAAAGAAGAUGCUGUUAAAGACAACCAUUUGGAGCGGCUGCAACAACAGAUCAGGGAUCAGAAAAAAGAAAACAGGAAGGAAAAAGAGUUAAUUGUAGAGGACUUCAGUAAACAGAUCAAUGAACUGGAAGAGAAACUUUCAGAUAAAACAAAAGAUGUUGAGAUGAUGCAGAGUGAACUAAAGAUGGUGAAGGAAUUCAGAAGAAAGAGAGGGCAAAUGCAGAAAGAUCUUGAUGAGAUCAAAGAGUCAAUGUACAAUGCCAACAGGGAACAUAAGGCUACACUUUCCAGAAUGGAACAGAAAUUUUUUGAAGAAAAGAUGAGAUUACAACAGGAAGCCAAUCAGAAAAUUGCUGAACUUGCAGAAAGAGCACAUACAGAGGCUAUAGCCAAUUUAGAUGAGACCACUAAAUCCGUUUACAAGGAGAAUGUUAGACUGUCAGAGGCAUUAAGUUACCAUAUGAAGGAAGGUGAGGUCUUACGUAAACAGAAGGAAAAACUUGAGGAAGAAAAUGAAUUGCUCAGAGGGGACAAGGAAAUCAAUGAAAUGAUGGUGCAAGAAAAAGUUUCUCAAACUAAAAACCAGAAACAACAAAUAAAAGAUUCUUCAGAGAAAAUAACAACACUGGAACAUUCUCUAAGUCAUAUGGCGAGAGAGUUUAACACAGAGAAAAAAGCCCUGAUGGAAAGAUUCCGAAUAGAGACUGAAGCUUCAAAAAUAGAACUUGCCAAGUUACAAAGAAUUAUUGAACUGAAAACAAAAGAAAUGAACAAAGUGAAAAGACUUGCUAAGAAUAUUCUCGACCAAAGAACAGAGUUGGAGAGAUUCUUCCUGGAGGCCCUAGACUCAGUGAAAUCUGAAAUUGCAGCUAACCAGGAACAAUAUAGACAUGAUGCUCAGAGAGCAUAUCAGGAGAAAAUGUUAGCUGCUCACACUGGCAAGGGAGAAUUUCCAAAGAUUCGAACUUUCAACAAAUCUGACACCAGCACAAACAGUGUGUUCAAAGAUCUUGAGGCUGCUGAAAGACUAUAUGGCAGUGGCAAGGUUGAGGUCAGUGAUUUAACCUGGGAGCAGAAAGAGCGGGUGCUGCGUUACCUAUUUGCCAGGAUGAACGGUGGCAGUACCAAAGAGCAGAGGUCUGUCACAUCGGCUCCCGUCCUGCCGGCGAUAGAGCAGAAUAAGCAUAGACAGAGUAAUACUGAUGUGACUAAAGAUGACAUGAGCAUGCCAAAAGAGGAUGACAAGCCGGAUAGUACAUUCCUUACUCAGGCAAAGGUCGAGGUCCCCGAGGCAUCAAAGGCGUGGACAGAAGCACCACAGGAAGUUUCUACCUAGUGUGAUAAAUAUAUUGAAGUAUGGAUAACAAUGUGCUUCUUUAUUGACUUAUAUGUUAGUGAAUUUUGUAGAAAUAAAAUAUGAAACGGAAAAAAAGCAAUCUGUGAUGAUGUCUUAAUAGUACUGCUGCAUUUAUAGCAUUAAUUUUACAAUGUGGUAUAUCUUGUUGAAUGAUAUACAUUUUAUCAUGUUAUACUGUACAAUUAAUAACUUGUUUCACAUGUUUUUGAAUUUAAAACUUUAGCUUCUCUUUUGUUAAGUUUAAAAACACAUUUUUUAGUUUUGAAUGUGUGUAUUAUACAAGAAGGAGUAGCAUUAUAAUUCAGUGGGCGGCAUAUUUCAUUUCGUUUUAGAUAAUGAUUUCCUAAGAAAAAUUCUAUAACUAAAACAGACAUAAAUGACAUAGUAUUACGUGAUAUGCUGUGACGGUUUUUAAGCAUUAGCAAAGAAGUUAUUGUGAAUUAGUGUACAAACAGAAAAAAAAUGUCUUAAGUAUUAGAAAAGAAUCAUCAACUGUGACAAUUAUUUGAUUUGAUCAAGAAAUGUGCUAUAAAACUAGGGAAUCAGUUUACUAUAUCUAUUUGUGAUGUUUUUGUUUUAACUACUUAAAAUUCCAAAUUCAUAUUUUAAGACCUUUAUCAUGUUUUAAAAGGGACAUAAAAUUUGUUCAGAUAAUAGUUUAUAUGCUGUUGUGUAUACAUGUAUAUUUUUCAGCUCUGGGCUAAGAUCAUGCUGUGACCAAUAUUGACAAAGUACUAGAAUUGUAGUGUUUUCAAAAUUGCACACAUUAAAACGUAAUUGUUCAUUCUUACUUGAUAUCAAUCAAGCUCUGAAAACCUAAUACAUGACUUGUAUUCCCAUUUUGGCAAAAUGUUCAAACACCAAUGAAAUAGAUCUAUUACAUACACACACACACUUACAUCAUACUUUUAUGUUGGUGAAGUGUUACAUGGUUUUAUUACAAAAUAAAAUAUUGACGUAUCACAUGCAGGUAUCAGAAAAUUUCUUGUAUUGUGUGAAACACUGACAUUGUUCAUUUUUUACUACAACUUUAAUAUGUUUAUCUGUUUUCAAAUAAAAUGUUAAAUAUU